AGAUCUGGCCACCCUGACCCUGGAGCCUCGACAACAACACCAGCCACCACACCUGCCUCCCGUCCUGGGCUCCUCUUCACCUCAGUAAUAUACACUUAUGUGCAGUCGUCCCUAAAUCAAUCACGUUAAAAAGACAAGUUACAGCCCCUGUGCCAGACUGCUUAUCUAGUACAAGAAGACAAGAAGCACUCAUCAUGAAGGUGACGGAGGUAAGGCAUGCCAUGCAUCUUGGCAACAUGUUCAAGGCCUUGUGGCUGGUGCAGGGGAAGAAGCGGAUUAUUGACACGGGAGCCGAGGCUGUUCUAGCUGCCAAAGGAGUGUCCGUUGUAGAUCCCCAAAAGAUCCUUUCACCUGCAUAUCCAUGUGUAAAAGAAGUUGUUGAACUACCACCAGAACCUUGCUGUUUGCCUGACUGGAAGUUAGAGGUGAAAAGCAAGCCAUGCUAUGUAAUUACCAAACUUUUUGCCCCUAUGGUGGGUAUGUCUCAAGUCCAGCUGAUCACAAAUACUGUUGUACAUUCAUCCUUGCCAAAGACUGUACUAGAUUGUGCCACUAAGAAUACAGAGGAGGAAGAUGAGAAAGUGAAAGAGGCCAUUCUUCACGCACACUUACUGGAUUCACAUCAAGAAAAAUUACCGAAGAUAUUAGAUGUUGUUAACAGACCCGGGUGGAAUGACAGGCGGGAGUAUGGUAUACCUAUUAGAAGGAGGCACAAGACUGUGACUUAUCAGCUGCUGGUGCUGCUGGACCAGCUGGUGCCUGGAGCAGCUGAGAAGCAGCUGGUAGAGGACACUCUAACAUGUGUCUCUCUUAAACACACAGGUAACCUGGUGCAGAUGAAUCAUGAAGCAGCUUUCAUCUUGUCAUCACCAAAACCAUUACCACAGUUAGCAGACAAUGCAGAAAUUAAGUCUUUAGAAGAGGAGGCAUUGCCAGAUAUAUAUCCUCUUUCUCCUUUCAUUAACUGCAGAGCAGUCAAUCAAUACUGUUUGAAGGAUUCUUAUGGUAUUGCCAGUCGCCACCUUUAUCCCCAUACCAUCUUCAUCCAUCAAAACCAGCCCCGAAUGAAAGGUUCUGAAGACCAUUUUGCUGGAAUUUCCCUCCUCCAUGCUUUCUCACAUGCUGCUGCUUAUGCAAAGCAAGUAGGAGAGAUUGCAGAUGGUAACUUGGAGAAGCCAGUAGUAGUGCAAGUGGUGCACAUGAACAAGCAGAACGUCCACAUGGGUGUGUUGCAGCUCAAUACACUCAACCUGACAGGACCAACUAAGAAUAUUUUCUGGACCCAAUCGUGGGAAGCUUUCUUCAGUAGGUGCUGCUUCGAGGCAGCACAACCUCGGCUUGAAGACUAUAAUCCUCGUGUCUUCCAACUACUUAAAGGGCUGCAUGCUCAGUGUUAAUACCAUGUCUUUUACUUGUGAAAGUUUCCUGUACAUUUGAAAUAUAUAACAACAAUAGCA